CACUCUCCAUUAUUCUAUUCAAGAAGUUGGAGCCAUAUAAUUAAUUCAUUAGUCUCAGGCAUUACACAACUUUCUUGUGGAGGUCUAGGAUGCUGGAUUUGAGAUAUCUGCCACCCCCUAAUGCUCAAAAUCUCACCCGUCAUCUGAGCUAAUAGUUAGAGAAACCUCAUUUGAUUCCCUAAAUGAAGGGUCUAGAUUUUGGACACUAAAGGAGGUGACAGAUACCAAUCCUAUGCCAGAUGGAUUAAAGCUUCCUGUGAAUAAAGCCUCAAUUAUUGUGGAUGCAUCCAAAUACAUAGAGGAGUUGAAGCAAAAAGUGGAGGGACUCAACGCAGAACUUGGAAGCAGCAGCACUGCUAGUGAAUCUUCAUCCUCCUCCCAAAAUCAAUUACCUAAGGUGACAGUGGAAACCCUAGAGAGGGGCUUCCUGAUUAAUGUGUUUUCUGAAAGGAAUUGCCCAGGAAUGCUCGUCUCAAUACUCGAAGCCUUUGAGGUGCUUGGACUUGAAGUUCUUGAUGCUAGGGUUUCUUGUGAAGACGCCUUUCAGCUAGAAGCUGUGGGAGGAGAAAGUCAAGAGAUCGAUGACAUAGAUGCACAAAUGGUGAAGCAAGCGGUGCUACAAGCAAUAAAGGACAUGGAGUGAUCAAAUUGCCCGUGUUGAGGAAGAAGUAGUGAAAAACUGUUCUUGUGUGAUGUUUUCAAGUGUAAAAGUUCGACUUCAUUUUAAAAAAAAAAAACGUUAACGUGUAAGAGUUCAUAUAAAUGAGAUAAUUUACAAGGGUGACACACACACACACACACACAAAAUCUGCAAAAGGCAAAAGCCUAAGGGUGUUUCUUCAAUAAAUGAUUCUUAUAAUAAUCCUUAUAAUUAA